GACAGGAGCGGUAGGAGUUGUCAGCGGAACAGCAGCAGCAAGAAGCAUCAUCGGUGCCGAAUGGAGUAAUGAAAAAGAUAUUAUAACAGACAGACAGCGUCUCUGCUUUCAUUUCAAACCCUUGUUUUUACCGAACAAACAACGACACCAUGGCGGACGACCAGACCUCUCAAUCCUGGUCAAUCGACAAGGAUGACUAUGAGCUCAAUGAGGUGAUAGGGAGUGGAGCCACUGCAGUUGUUCAGGCAGCCUAUUGCAAACCCAGAAAGGAGAAGGUAGCCAUCAAACGUAUCAACCUGGAGAAGUGUCAAACAAGCAUGGACGAGCUCCUGAAAGAGAUCCAAGCGAUGAGCCAGUGCCACCAUCCAAACAUUGUGUCUUACUAUACGUCCUUUGUGGUAAAGGACGAACUGUGGCUGGUGAUGAAGCUGCUCAGUGGUGGUUCCGUGUUGGACAUCAUUAAGCAUAUCAUAUCUCGUGGCGAGCACAAGACCGGAGUAUUGGAUGAGGCCAGCAUUGCUACCAUCCUGAAAGAGGUCUUGGAAGGGUUGGAGUACCUUCACAAAAACGGGCAGAUUCACCGGGAUCUAAAGGCUGGAAAUAUCCUUCUAGGGGACGACGGCUCUGUGCAAAUUGCUGAUUUUGGUGUGAGUGCCUUUCUAGCAGCAGGAGGAGACAUGACUAGGAAUAAGGUUAGGAAGACAUUUGUGGGGACACCGUGCUGGAUGGCGCCCGAGGUCAUGGAGCAGGUUCGUGGAUAUGACUUCAAAGCUGACAUCUGGAGUUUCGGUAUCACUGCUAUAGAGUUGGCCACCGGCGCUGCACCAUAUCACAAAUACCCACCCAUGAAGGUGCUGAUGCUGACUUUGCAGAAUGACCCUCCCUGUUUGGAGACCGGAAUCACAGAUAAGGAAAUGGUGAAGAAGUACGGCAAGUCCUUCAGGAAGAUGCUUUCCCUGUGUCUACAGAAGGAUCCUGAAAAACGGCCGACUGCUGCUGAGUUGCUGAAGCACAAAUUCUUUACAAAGGCCAAGAACAAUGAGUACCUGCAGGAGAGGCUCCUCUAUAAAGGCCCGUCAAUAUCAGAGCGAUCAAAGAAGGUACGUCGCGUGCCAGGUUCGAGUGGUCGCCUCCAUAAGACGGAGGACGGUGGAUGGGAAUGGAGUGAUGAUGAACUGGACGAGGAGAGCGAGGAAGGCAAAGCUGCGGUGGCAGCUUUGCGGUCACCCAGAGUGAAGGACGGCUCCCAGAAUAUGGAGAUUUUCCCGCCGACAGAAGGCUCCACAGGUCAUUUACAGCCGGUCCCUCAAACACAUGAGAGCCCCGUGAAUGUGGCCCAGUCUGGGGAGGACACCCCCCCACAGGCUCCCCCCAGCACGGCGAGUCCCUCACAUGUACCCACUGCUCAGGAUCAGGUUGCAGCCAAUUCCAGUGUUCCCAUCAGCCUCGUGCUGCGACUGAGGAAUCCUAAGAAGGAACUUAAUGACAUCAGAUUUGAGUUCAUGCCUGGCAGAGACUCUGCUGAUGGAGUUUCUCAGGAACUGGUCUCUGCAGGACUGGUUGAUGGGAGGGACUUGGUCAUUGUUGCUGCAAACUUGCAAAAGAUUGUUGACGAUCCGCACAGUAACAAAAAUGUGACCUUUAAGCUGGCGUCCGGUGUGGAGGAGUCUGAAAUUCCUGAUGACAUUAAACUCAUCGGAUUUGCACAGCUCAGCAUCAGUUAAGUCGAGCGGAGCUGGCAACAAGGACAGCAACCGGUGGUAUUGCACAGUUGCAUUGUAGUCAAUUCCAAGAAACCACUACUGCCAAAGAGAGAAGGAGGAAGAAGAGGAGGAGAAGGAGGAUUCACAAAGCUGGCAGGAGUGUGACACUACUGCAGGAUGCACGAGGACCACAUUGAGGAGAGGCUCAGUUCAUCACAGGAAUCACACUUGAAACGUUUACAGUGCGCUUAUAAACAGGAGAAGAGAUGCAAUCAACUAUAUCAACUCCUAAAUUCUUUUUUUUUUUCUUUUCUUCCUCUUCAUUCAUAAGCACAAUCCAAACCAUCUCCUGCCAGUACUGGAAGUGAUUGCCUUUAUUAUUAUUAUUUUUAAUUAACUGUGCCACAAACUCACAAGAGUUUCUUGCCAUCUUUUUAUGGCACUUUAAGCUACACUGAAUUGGAAAAGUGUAAUCUCAGCCUUAGUCAAACUAGAUUUUACCAGUGCGAUCGGUGAAUAAUUGAGUUUAUCAGCAUUUAUUUGGUGUAAUUUACGUACGCCUAUCUGAUAACACUCUAGUAGUUUUCAUUUGGUCAUUUCUGAGUCCGAUUGGAUUUUUGUUCAAUUCUGAAGAAACGAAUAAGCUUCCUAUUUAGCGCAGUGCAGUGCAUUUUCCUGUCUGCAGCAUUAGCAUGUAUUGGUUUUGUGAAAAGAAAUGGAUUCCAAAUUAGCAUAAAACAAUUAAAACUGCUUCUGUAAAUGCAGUUAGACCAGUCAGAUGGUGUUCUUCUACAAACAGGAUUAUUCACACAGAUUUAGACUCGUUUAAUAUUCUUGUACUAUGCAAUAGUUACUAUUUUCUUUUGAUAGUAUGUGAACACUGGCUGAAAUAUCUCUCACUUUUUGCGCUUGUAUCUUUAUGAAGUUCAUAAAAAGUCAACCGGCAUAAGAGGCAGCUUUAAGAAACCGCUGCUUUACGAGCUUGCUGAUGAAUACUAAACCUCACACACGGGUCAUUCUCUUCUUUUUUAAGUCCCAGAUGAAACGUCGAUGGGGUGGGUUUCCUGUUUACCAAUGUUGACGUAAAAGCUGCGAAGAAUCCUUAAUGCUGGUGGCGGACGUCAGGCUCUGGGCAGUUUGGGUUACAGGUUGACUGUUGAUGAACUUCUAUGCACGCGCAAAAAACGAAAAUAUUCAACCAAGGUGAAAUACAGCGUAAAGGGGCAGUUCUUCCACAAUUUAAAGUCCAUAUCUGAGAUUUGUCUCCGGUAAAGGAGGUCAGAAGAUGUUUGUGAAUGAUCUAAUACUCUUUCUUGAACUCUUUCUGCUGUAGUAUAAUUCAAAAGUAAGUUCUCAGUGCAAAUCACGCCAAAUUAAAUUCUAUUCAUCUGUCUAAGGGGGGCGAUCUGACCACAAGAUCAUAUAAUACUCAAGACUGAUGAUUGGAUGUGCAGUGUUUCUUCCUAGUAUUGACAUUCAGUGAAGUACAGACACAUAAGAAAUGGCUGAUUUCAAUUUAAUGCAAUAUUAUAGUAAUAAAAAUAAUAUCUUAGUUUGUGUAGUACUUUUAAAGCCCGCAAAGUGCUUCAAAAUAUAAAAAGAUUUAAUAUUAAAGCAAAAAAAAAAUCUAUAUACAGCACAUGCACACACACAUACAAAGGCAACAUACAUAUGUCCACUAAAAAUUAAAAACACUAUAAAACAAGUGCAUUUUCAAUGGCAAGACCUGCGCUUAAAAUACAUUAAAGGUGCCUCUAAUUCCACUGUUGAUAUGUGUUAAGAUACCAAUUAAUAUCUGAGUUGUCUUAGAUGAUUAACAGAAGUGGUUUCCAUGAAUUCAGUAGACUGUGGUGGUCCAUCAUAGUCCAAUUUGUCCUGACAUAGACUGAUACUGAGCUGAAGAUGAUUUUGACACUAAUUAUAGUAACACACCGUCCGACCCACUAGUCCCUCUUGUAUUCCACUGUCACAGAUAAGACCAGCCUCCCACCUGCAGAUGCACCCUGAAAAUGUCACAUCUUUAACAUGACAUUCUCUUUGGAGGGAUUUUUUCAUUUCUUUUCCACAUGUCAGUGUUCUGCAAAAAAACCCAAAAAAAACCCCCACUAUUUAGCAGAAACACUGUUGCUGCCCAAAAUGAUUCAGAUUCAGAAACUCAAGCUAACCAGACAACAACAACAGUGCAUUAUACCAGACUGAUCUCCACCACUGUCAGCAUUAUUAGCAAGUGUGAAUAUACAGUCGUGG